AUGUGUGUGUGUGUGGUAGGUAGUGCGUGCGUGGAGCACGGCCCCAACAACGUGUCGCGAUGGAUGACUUGGCUUCCUAUUUCGUUGAAGAACGCAGCAAAGUGCGAUAAGUGGUAUCAAUUGCAGAACCAUCCAAUUACCGAAUCUUUGAACGCAAACGGCGCAUGGGAGAAGCCCUUCUGGGGUCAUCCCCGUGCAUGCCACAUCCUCAGUGUCGAACGAAUAACCACCCUUCCCCCAUUCCUCCUUUCUUCUCUCCCUUUUUCUCGUGCGGGGUUUACCCCGUGGGAGGGUGCGGUGUUGAAGGAAGGGGCCGUGAGGGGGGUUGUGUGUGGGACUCGGAUGGGUUUACCCUAG